GUGCUGUGAGGAUUGCCAGCAGUGGGUGCCCGGUGUGAUGUUCGGGCCCCGGAAGAGGAAAUUCAAAUUCUAUUGUGCAGAGUGUCGAGCGAGACGCCGAGAGCUGGGUCGCAAGAUGAACUAUUACAAGCGUUUUGGCUGCGGAGAGUGUGCCGGCUGCACCGUGGCCACUGAUUGCGGGGUUUGUCGGGGCUGCUUAUUCCGGAGCUCGGAGCCCGCCAAGACCUGGAAGUGCGUGAAGAGGCGAUGCCACAAGCUGAGGGACAUAAAAGCAGAGACGACAUGCCGGAACACGACGGUAAAACCAAAGAGGGACAUAAAAGCAGAGACGACAUGCCGGAACACGACGGUACAACCAAAGAAAAAGGUGAAAUCACAGUUCGAAGGCCUGAAGAAAGCUAUGAAGAAAGUCAAGCGUGAGACUCAAACUGUGGUGAAGAAGCCUCCGAGAAAAAUCAAGCCAGAACCCCCUGUUGUGGAGGAAGCCGUUCUGGAGGAAGUGAAGCAGGAAGAGGAGGAGCAGGAGGAGGUGGUGGAGCUGCACAAGAUUGAGUGCCCGAAGCAGGAGCCCAGCUCUCCGAUGCCGGAAGAAACAGCCCAGGAGACUCCCCUCCAGUUGUUCACUGCAGUACCAGUACUUGAUUCCGAGGAUUUGCUUUGUUAUUAUAAUAUUAAUUCUGAGUUUCUAGUGAAGACCAGCCGGAACCGGAGGAAUACCCGUAGCUGUGGGGAAUGUGAGGCCUGCCUGAGGCCUGUGGACUGUGGUUCCUGUGAUUUCUGCAAGGACAAGGCCAAGUUUGGGGGAUUCAACACGCUGCGACAGAAAUGUCGCUGGAAACAGUGCCUCCAGUUCGCAUCCAAGCGGCUCCUGCCCCGGGAAGCGCAGCAGAGUGGGCCGGAUCGGAAGGAGACCGGAUAUCGGACCGGGCACCGGCGAUGGAGAGAGAACGCCUUCGCCACUCGCAAGGUGGCUCGUGUUAUCCAGGCGGCAAAGAAGAGGAAGAUCUGGCAGGCCUUCCCCUCGGCCCCCGAGGCCAGAGUGACGGAUGCAGGACAGGAGAUGCAGGAGGAGAGGGGCCCCCACAAACACACCAGCUCCCUGGGAGAUGUUCGG